CAUGUGCUGCUGAUUUAUUAGUAUUCUCUGAACGUAGCGCAGGAGAGAGACAAAGUGGGGACGGAAAGAGGAGCAGCUCCGGCUCUGGACGCCAUUUAUUCGCUCCUGGAUGUAUGCUGGCAUUUAUUUUUACCACAGACCUUUAGCUGGGGCGCUUUUCUUUUGCUGGUGAGGCUGGUGAAGGUUCUUCAGGGUAUUGGAAACGCUUUUAGUCUAAUACGAGCGUUUUUAGCAGUUUAGCAGAGCAGUGCUUCUUCACGCGGGGACAGCUGUUUCCCCUGUGCUCGCUGUGAUGCUGUAAUAGAAACACAUAGAUUUUGGGUUAAUAUCGAAUUAUAAAACUGUUUCAGUCUUUUAUUGAGUGUAAUUUCAGUUAAAACACAGUGUGUGAGAAUAUAAGGAGUUAGGCUCCUUUUGAGUUCUGUGAAUAUGAGUUUAUCUAUGUAUUUCUGAGGAAACUGCUUAUUUCUGAGGCUUAUUCUCAACUGACUGAACACUAAUGGAGCUGGAAGAAUUGAGGAGCUGAAGGAAAAGUGUCUCCAGAUAUUUGUUCAUAUCUUUUUGAUCAUUUUUUAUGAAGAUAUGAGGAUUGUCAGCUGGGUCCUGUUUCUCUUUAGCUGCUUCUGUCUUGCUGGAGCAAAUCGUCCUGCUGCUCCUGUCAAUGUAUCUGUCACUCUCCUGAGGACUCAUUCACCCACUGUGUCCUGGAACAUUCCAGAGGGAGAAGCUGUAAUUGGUUAUGCCAUCUCACUACAGAGGCAGGAUGGUCUGAUGCAGCGGUUCAUCAGAGAAGUUAAUACCACCAGCCGCGCCUGUGUGCUGUGGGACCUUGAUGACAACACAGAUUACAUUAUUCAGGUCCAGUCCAUCGGACUGCAUGGAGAGAGUCAAGCCAGCAAGACAGUUCAUUUUAGAACCCUUGAAAAAUCAGAGCAUUUUCAGACUAACCUGGUCGCUCAAGGUGAUCCAUCAGUAGAAGGUCUAGACAUUUCCAGAAGCCUCCUGACUGAAGAAAUGGUAAUCAUCGUAACUGUGCUACUGAUGUGGGCAGCUGUGAUUGCUUUAUUCUGUAGGCAGUACGAUAUCAUCAAAGACAAUGACUCCAACAACCACAGCAAGGAGAAGACAAAACCCCUAUCAGAACACAGCACCCCAGACUACCGCAAUGGAGGUCUGCUGGGGAGCAAGUUCCAGAGAACACCAUCAUCAGUCAGUAUCAUCAAGGUCUGACCAGCACAGCACCGCAGAAUCUGGUCUGUCUGGUUCUCAGGACAGAGGGCAUAACGCCUUCUUUGUUUGGGAAUCCAAAAUAAAUCUCUGAGGCAUUCUUCAGUACUAAUAUCAUCAACCUGCUCUGCAAUACACUAGCCACAACUUGCAAUACACUGUAUUUUUGUACUGCAUUCAGUGUGCUAUCACUGGAAGGAAUGUAAAUGAAGGAAGAGAUUGUGUGAACAUUUCAGUAUGAUAUUAAUCCCAAUCAGGAUGGAGCUCAAUCACAAGUGUACAUAUCAAUACUACAGGUUUAAAACAAUUGAUGUCAAAACCUAGAUAAACAAUGCAUGCUGGGAUUUCUUUAUAAUGAAUUAAGCUAAAACAUAAUUUCUUCUGUUUCCCAGAUCUUCUAUGCAAAACAUGACACCAUGCCUUGUACAUGGUAACUUUAACAGCCUAGAGGUCAUCUCUGCACCAUUCUGAGUGGGACUAAAUGUGACCAUAUUUGACCAUUGAGUGCGAUUGUAUUUGUUUGUACUGAGGUAUGGAUAUAUUAUGUAUCAUAAUUAAAAGACAUAAACUUCUGUACAACAAAGAAAUCUUCAAAUAUUAUUAUAAAGUUGAUAUAAGACAUGGGUAGAACAUGUUAGGCCUAGUUUUAAGACACAGUGUUUACUAGGAUCCUCAAUUUCCAGUAAGAAUCUUAAGUUUUAUGAUUAAUCUGUUUAUUGUAAGCCUGCUUCUGAUGUAAUGAUGCUGCAUUUUAGUGAUAGUGCUUUAGUUUAGUACUAUGCGCUAUAUAGAUUGUGUUGUAUCGAAAAGCAAGAAAUGUACAUCACAGAUAGCUGGAGCUUUAGAGACAGUGGCCAGAUGUUUUGCAGAUAAAAUGUACUGUGGAUUGGACUGAAAUGUUAGACUUGGUGUUGUGAGCAUUUGUUUUUUAAUAGUUAUGCAAUUUGACGUUGGCCAGUAGUCCUGAGUGAAGAUUCUCUUUUCAUAACGCUCUGUAAUCAAAGUAUAGGCUUAAUCCCAGUCCAGGAAACCAGGCCUGUUUGUAUAUAAUAGAAGUUCAGUUUGGGUGCAUUCUAAUUGUGUACUAAUUACUUAUGCUGACUAGUUUCAAAUAUGAAUUAUGUAGAAGAGAUAAAAGUGCUAGAGUGUGGUUUGAAGGACACUAUUAACCCACAAUGUAAUGUAAAAUAAAGCUACUCAUGUAGAAA